CUCUUUUGGAUGAGGACAUACACGGGUAGCUGUGUUUCGAUCUCUAACAAUUUCGAUUUAUAUUCGAUAGGUUAUGUAAAUAUAAACUGAAUGACAGUGUAAAUGACAGUAGAGAUGUUUCUGGGAUGUCGCUGCGCGCUGUUCGUCGCGUUGAUCUGCGCCGUUUCAGUUGUCGGUGCUGAGUUUGUGAAGGUUGGCGGUGAAGUUCGUUUUAAACCGAACCCUACACUGUCAUCUGGCACCACCAUUACCUGGAAGUACAUGCGUACUGUUGAGAAUGUGAUUAGAGUUAUUGAAUUUGAUCACGGUGAAUCUUCAUCUCCUCAGAAUCCUCUCUUUAAAGACAAUGCAAAAGCAGACACGAACACUGGAGAACUGACUUUGUUCAAUUUAAGAAAGGACCACAAUGGAAUCUAUUAUUUUGAGCUCAACGGCAAAGAGCAAGAGCAGAAAUUCACAUUGAAUGUUAUGGAGGAAGUCCCACAACCAGAGCUGAAUAAAGCGGAAACAAGUAAUCCAGACAAUGCCAUAUACUUAGAAUGCCAAUAUGACACAGAUAUCACCUGGCACUGUACUAAUAAAGAUACCGUAGAACCUAUAUCAGUAAAUGGCCAGAAAAUAGGAGAGUCCAUAUUAUUUGAAAGAACUAAGAAUCUAGACGUCUGCUGCACAUGUACACUGGUGAACCAAGUGAGCAAUAAAACCAGCAAACCAAUUUGUGAGAGUGAAAUCUUUUCUGGAUCAAACAAAGGACUUGUGCUGGGGCUUGUAAUACCUGCUGUCGUCAUCAUCAUCACUUUAGUUGUCUUAAUUUUCCUAUACAUGUGCUCGGAUUCCUGUCACGAUGCUGUUCGUAAGAAAUUUGGAAAAACACCAUGUCUGGGGGCAAUGUUGAAUGUACUGGAUAGUUGCAGAAAUAAGAUAAAACCUAAAGGGGAAAACAAACUACACAAUGUGACAACUGUUUAUGAUAAAGUAAAAACAACUGAGAAAAACGAAGAAGAGGGUGCUAGUAAUGGGCCACACCACGAUGAUGAAGUAGAAAAGCCUCUUAAUGAAAAGGAGAGUCAACAGUAGAAGAAAGAAGAGCUCUGCUUCUCAGAAGUGUUGUGAUGCCAUCAGUUUUUUUUUAAUCAAAGACUAUUUUCAUCAGAUUACAGACAUCUUCCACAUAGACAAUCCUUUGUUGUUCCCCUCAUUCAUAGAUUUUCAAAGUUAUUUUUGUGUUUUAAUAUUUGCAUUCAUAUCAGAGUUCAAUGGCUGUGUUCACGCUGCACAGAAUCCUUUCCUUAAAUCAGACUGUUUUAAAGAAUAUUUAGCUCACAAUAUACUAGGGGUGUGAAGAGAUCUCGAAGUGUGCGAGAACACAAUUUCAUUACGCAAUUGGCAUGAUGGCGUUCUGGGCUCGAGCACAAUGCAAAAGCAUAUAGAGAAAACAACCACAGGUCUUUACUAAAAGCUACGAAUGUUAAGAAAACAAAGUAUACAUUUUGUGCAAUUGGCUGUCAGUUUGUGACAAAACAUUUUGCAGUUUUUACGUAUUGUUUAGUACUGCAUAAUAUAAUUCAUUUAAAUAGAAGUUUAAAUAUGUUUCAUAAGUGCAAGUUGAUUUUAUUAGCUUUGCAUUUUGUGUUAAAAAAGACUUCCCUGUAUAUUUCAUCAUUGAGAAUUUCUUGAAAAAUUCUAAAAAUCUCGUUCUCGAUAGCCCAGUUUUGAGAGAUAAGUAUCUUGUCAGACCCCUAUGAUAUACCAAUAUAUAUUUGCAUUGCCCUAUUGACUAUCUUAAUGUACUUGUUGAUCUGGAGUUUUUUUUUCAGGGAGUGUGUGAGUCCAUUGAAUACAUUGUGUUCUGUGUACAGUUAUUUUCAUGGUAAUCUUAUUUAAAUCACACUCAUGAAAAAUAAGUUUCUCUGUGUCGUUCACGGCCUUGCCUUCUCUGUGCUGUCUGUGUGUAACUUCCUCUUUCAAACAUUUCUUUAAUUCACCCUGGAGUGUUUGGGUGGGGUUUUUAUGACUCACUCAUGGCUUUCCUUUUUUCUUUUGGUUUUGAAAGAGUCUGUUACACUUCUGUUAAGAAGAAACCCUAUAACACUUCAGUUAAAGUUUGCAUCUUUUAGGCAUUUGGCAGACACUUUUAUCCAAAGCAUCUUUUAAAUAAAUAUUUCAUUGUGUAUUCUCUCUCUUGAUACCUUUGUGUCUCUUUCUUCAGUGAAACACAAAAUAAGAUAUUUCGAGAAAUGUCUCGGUCGCUUUGCGCUCAUACAAUAGAAGUCUGUGUUGUUCUUCGAAACAUCUUCUUUUGUGUCUUGCAUAAGAAAGAAACUCAAACAGGUUUGACAUGACAUGAGAUGUUUAUGUACAUAUUCUGGCAUGGGAAUGUUUCCCUCUAUAUUUCUGUCUGUGUUGUGACACUAACACCAUAGGAUAGUUUGAAAAGAGAUGAAAGAAGUUUCUUGAGUUUUUCCUUGUGUGUAGUAUGAGGCUCAUAGCAUUUAUUAACUUAACUUCAAGUCACUUGACAUCAAACUGUCAUGCCAAAGACAUUAUAGAGUGUUGCGUUGUUUCUAUCCGCCGAUCAGAAACAGACAAGCAAUCUUAUUUAUGUUUAUGCAUUUGGCAAACGCUUUUAUUCAAAGGAAAUGACAGUCACGUUUGAUCAGUAUGUCUGUUCUUGAGAUCAAACCUAUGACAUGUGCUGGCAACACAAUAAUAUGCUGUUUGAGCUGUAGAAGCUAUAACUCUGAUUUAGUGAUUGAUUUACUGAAGCUGUUAUUAAAAAAUAUAAUUGUAAAAGCAAACAUGGAACAAUGUUGUAUUAUGGGGACAUCCCGAAUUUUAACUUGUUUUAAUACCUUUUCUAGAUUAGAGGAUUUCCCCUUUUUUUCCUAAGUGCAACCCUGUAUGUGAAGACCAGACUUGAGUGUCAAAUUCAAAAUAUGAGUUACUUCUGUAUGACCUUCAGAAAGUGUACAAGGAUGCAUCCAUGACUGGCUUUAAUCUGUUAUCAAAUGUAACUGUUCGUUUGUAUUUAAUGUUUUUAUAUUUAGAGUAAUUUUUUAGCUAUCCACUAUUAGUCAUUGUUUAUGUACCAAUACUAAUAACAUGCUUUAAACCCUAA